UGUAGUGAAUUUGCUUUGUUAAAUAAUGUCGACAUGCUGUUGUUGAUGGUAAAGACGUAGUUGAUAUCGAUUAAAUCAAAAUAAAUUUCUUCGGAAGAAACACGACCCAUUGUAAAUGGUAUUUUUAUCGUAUACAUCCUUUACAUCGAUAAGCGCAAAACUAUUCUAAUCUUGAGAAAAAAAUUAGUUAGCCAGCAUUAGUUUUUAUUGUACAACGGAUGUAUACUGAACCAAUAAUAUCGCAUUCUGUUCUUCUAAGACAUCCUUCAAACAAUCGCUGUCUAAAUUUUUUUUUCCCGAUUUUUGUUGAUAAAUUAGCAAUUUACAUCUACAACACUUUUCAUUGAAAGAUAAUGACUUCGAACAAUGCAACAAAUUCUCCGAUUUCUUCUCUGAAUGCGAAGAAUGAAUCUUUGACAGCUUUUCAACAAAUUUUGGCUUCAGGAAGGGGAGGAGUUUUAACAGCAUGUUUUAUGACGUAUGUAAAUUUUUUUCGAUGUUAGCAUCAUUCGUAGCCCAUAUGAUUUGUUUUGUUUUUCUGUCAUUAGACCAUUUGACGUUGUUAAAGUUCGAUUACAAUCGCAAACAUCGAAUGCCGUUCGACAAAUAUCAACAAAAUCUAGUCAUUCUCCACAAUCGAUAUCAACUACGUCUUUACCAUCAACAACAGCAUGUCGACAUUAUUUAACAAAGCAAAUUCACUACAAUGGAACAUAUGAUACAUUUAUUAAAGUUAUUCGUUCCGAGGGGCUACUCUCUUUGUGGAGUGGUAUAACGCCAGCACUCUGUGUUAGUAUACCAACUGUUGUUAUCUAUUUUACAUCUUAUAUGAAAGCAAAAGAAUUGCUUGGCUAUAAUGAAAAUCAACCAAAUCCUAUUCUUCCUGUUAUUGCUGGUGCAUGUUCGCGAAUUUUUGCCGUUACGAGCGUAUCACCAUUUGAACUAAUUCGUACAAAAGUACAAUCAGAAAAAGUGCCGUUUAAACAACUUUAUCGUAUAAUAACAACAUCCGUC